AGAGAGUUGCUGAGGAUCCCAGCAGCCGUGUCAGUGCUGAACACUCCAGCUCCUCACAGCACCACCAGCGGGGCCGCUCAGAUGAAGUCGCACCAGGGCAGAAAUGCAGCGAGAUCACGGAUGGAGGAGGAAGAUCUGAGUGCUGUCCUAUGUGAAUUUAAUGCAGUGAUUGAGGAUUUCACCUCCCCUCUAAACAAGAGACAUUUCAGAUAUGACGAACACUUAAGAUGCAUGAAAAGGCGGAACAGCACAAGCAUCAGUGAUGGUGGCAUUAGUGAUUCAGACAGUACAGAUUCACUUCAGAGAAACAGUUUCAGCUUCAGUGACGAGAAGCUUAAUGCUUCCAUGCUUUCAUCUUCCAAAGCAAAGCUUGGAGAUACAAAGGAACUGGAAGACUUUAUUGCUGAUUUGGACAGAACGUUAGAAAGUAUGUGAGAGGAAGGGGGAAAGCCUGGACCAUGGCCUUGUUCAGCCACAUGAAGAAAAUACACCAAUGUCUACAAUCUGUUGACAUUACUGAAUAACCAUAUCUUCACGUUGAUUCUUGGGACAGGUCUCUCAAUCAGUAAAUACAUUUCAGAACAACUUCUAUUUCAAAUACAUUUUAAUAUUUGCAUGCUAUAUAUUUUUACUAAAAUAAAGCUUAGAAUAAUCUGAACAGUAUAGAAAUAUACUGUAUGGUAUGCAUUUAUAUGGGCAUGGAGAUGUUAGUGUUUGGGGGAAAGUCAUAAGUUUGAGGCUGAUUUGUAGGUUGGGAGCACUAGCAAUCAAGAAAGGGUUUAGUCAUGGGUUGGGAGAGGCUGUGUCUGGCGGGGGAGGGUUGGGGGUUGGGAGAGGAGGCUCAAGCGAGGAUCAGGGUUUAGGGUGCAGCAGCAAUCGGGAAGGAGAGUAAAUUUGGGGUUGAAAGGAGUAGGGCUGCUUUAAUUCAGCUAAGUUACUCACCACCUUGGUUGCGAGCAACUUAGGCCUGAUUUCCUUGAAUUCAGUCCGCGAUGACAUCAGCUGAAUCGGGGAAAGCUCAUCUUGGAGAGCAGGACUUAAUCAGAUUUUCGGCCUUUUUAUCUGCAAAUAAGAGGCCUGAUUGUCUGCUCCAGGUGUGGGUAAAGGGUGUUUCUUGUUUAUCCUUACUCAGUAUAGCAGAUGGAAUGUGUGCAUGUUUCCUUGCCAUCAUAUUGGGGCUUUAAACUGACAAAGAAUGGGCGCUGCAUAAACCAAUUUCUGGUAUCGCUGACAGCAAAAUGAAGAUGUGCCCUUUUACAGUCAUAAAUUACAACUUUUGUGACUAAUGAUUGUUUCACAUUGAAAUAUAUUUUUUGUAAAUUGAAACAUUACAGGUUUAGAAGAUUUUGUACAUGUUCAUAAACUAGACUGGUAUGUCCAGUGCAAACUAUUGCAAAAUGUGAUACAUUCUGUUUACCAACCUUUAUCUGUAAUGUGCUUCCUCACAUUGAUUUCCUGUACAGAACAUUAAAUAAACUUCUAUUUUUUUGUUUGAUGAAAA